UAAUAUAAGAAGCAAGUAGAUAGCUAUAUAUAUUUCCAUCAAUUCAGGCUCUCAGAACUUCAGACACAGCAGGACAGAAGUGUUAAGAUGGAGAAAGCAAUGAUUCUGGUUUCUGUGCUGCUCCUGGGGUGGACCUGGACCCUCCAGGGGGUCCCUGUUGAUGGGGAUCAGGUGGAGCCCUCUGUGGCUCUUGCAGACGUGGAGGAUGCAACUCUGCUCAAAGCUCCUCUGUUCAAUGCUACAGAGGUCUGUGAACAAACACCAGAAAUAGGUCCAUGUGAAGCUUACUUUCCACGUUACUUCUACAACUCCUCCUCAAUGAGCUGCCAGCUUUUCACCUAUGGAGGGUGUGGGGGCAACCAGAACAACUUUAAAACUGAGAAAGAGUGUAUGCAGAAAUGUCCUGAAGAGGUCUGUGAACAAACACCAGAAAUAGGUCCAUGUCAUGCUAUCAUUCCACGUUACUUCUACAACUCCUCCUCAAUGAGCUGCCAGCUUUUCACCUAUGGAGGGUGUGGGGGCAACCAGAACAACUUUAAAACUGAGAAAGAGUGUAUGCAGAGAUGUCCUGAAGAUGUCUGUGAACAAACACCAGAAAUAGGUCCAUGUGAUGCUACCAUUCCACGUUACUUCUACUACUCCCCCUCAAUGAGCUGCCAGCUUUUCACCUAUGGAGGGUGUGGGGGCAACCAGAACAACUUUAAAACUGAGAAAAAGUGUAUGCAGAGAUGUCACACUGACGAGGUCUGUGAACAAACACCAGAAAUAGGUCCAUGUGAUGCUUACUUUCAACGUUACUUCUACAACUCCUCCUCAAUGAGCUGCCAGCUUUUCACCUAUGGAGGGUGUGGGGGCAACCAGAACAACUUUAAAACUGAGAAAAAGUGUAUGCAGAGAUGUCACACUGACGAGGUCUGUGAACAAACACCAGAAAUAGGUCCAUGUCAUGCUAUCAUUCCACGUUACUUCUACAACUCCUCCUCAAUGAGCUGCCAGCUUUUCACCUAUGGAGGGUGUGGGGGCAACCAGAACAACUUUAAAACUGAGAAAAAGUGUAUGCAGAGAUGUCCUGAAGAGGUCUGUGAACAAACACCAGAAAUAGGUCCAUGUGAUGCUACCAUUCCACGUUACUUCUACAACUCCCCCUCAAUGAGCUGCCAGCUUUUCACCUAUGGAGGGUGUGGGGGCAACCAGAACAACUUUAAAACUGAGAAAAAGUGUAUGCAGAGAUGUCACACUGACGAGGUCUGUGAACAAACACCAGAAAUAGGUCGAUGUCAUGCUGCCAUUCCACGUUACUUCUACAACUCCUCCUCAGUGAGCUGCCAGCUUUUCACCUAUGGAGGGUGUGGGGGCAACCAGAACAACUUUAAAACUGAGAAAAAGUGUAUGCAGAGAUGUCACACUGACGAGGUCUGUGAACAAACACCAGAAAUAGGUCCAUGUCAUGCUGCCAUUCCACGUUAUUUCUACAACUCCUCCUCAAUGAGCUGCCAGCGUUUCACCUAUGGAGGGUGUGGGGGCAACCAGAACAACUUUAAAACUGAGAAAGAGUGUGUGCAGAAAUGUCCUGAAGAUGUCUGUGAACAAACACCAAAAAUAGGUCCAUGUCAUGCUACCAUUCCACGUUACUUCUACAACUCCCCCUCAAUGAGCUGCCAGCUUGUCAUCUAUGGAGGGUGUGGGGGCAACCAGAACAACUUUAAAACUGAGAAAGAGUGUAUGCAGAGAUGUCACAUUAACGAGGUCUGUGAACAAACACCAAAAACGGGUCCAUGUCGUGCUUACGUUCAACGUUACUUCUACAACUCCUCCUCAAUGAGAUGCCAGCGUUUCACCUAUGGAGGGUGUAAGGGCAACCAGAACAACUUUAAAACUGAGAAAGAUUGUAUGCAGAGAUGUCACUGAAU